ACAUAAAAGCAAUCAUAUGUGCUACAUUUCGAGCUUCACAGUUCUAUUUUCAACACAAAAUAGUCGUGAACAAAAAUUGUAUUUGCAAUUCAUAAAAGUUUGGAAAAUGGAGGAACUAUGCAGAGUUUGCAUGGGAACGUCUGAAGCCUUCACAAACAUUUUCGAUGAGACAGAAAAGUGGGACACUUGCAUUGGUGACAUGAUUGCCCAGUGUACCGGGUACGUGGUUAGGCGAGGUGAUUCACUACCAGAAAACAUAUGUCCGCCUUGCCUUGAGGAUGCUGUGAAUGCAUUCAAUCUUAUAAAAACCUGUGAGCAGAGCCAUCAACUCUAUUUCACCCAGAUGGAAGAGGAUAAGGAAAAAGAUCUAUGUGAUAAACUUGAACAGGAAGAUUGGCAAAAGUCAAAAAGAGGAAAAAAUGAUAAGGAGUUGGAUCUUCUGUUUAAGUGUACUCACUGCUCGAAGUCUUUCAAAAGAAAAUACAAUUUGCAAAAUCACAUUCGUACGCACACCGGUGAAAAACUUCACCAAUGCUCUCACUGUUCCAAAACCUUUGAUCGAAAAUCAAGUCUUCAAAGUCACAUACGUUAUAUCACUGGGGAGCGACCCAACAAAUGUUCCCACUGCUCAAAAUCAUUCGUAAGCAUGAGCGCACUGAAGGUACACAUCCGUACACAUACCGGGGAACGACCCUAUAAGUGCUCCUACUGCUCAGACUGCUUUAAAAGUAAAAGCGAACUUACAGUGCACAUCUGUAAGCACACGGAUGAACUACCCUACCAAUGCCCACAAUGCCUAAAGUCAUUUAAGCUAAAAUCGAUUCUCCGAAGACACUGUCCUGCCCACACGGCGGAGAGACUUUACAAGUGUUCUGACUGCUCAAUGUCCUUUAUUAGUCAAAGCAAGCUCAAAAUGCACAUCCGUGUUCACACAGGGGAAGAGCCUUACCAAUGCACCCACUGCCUCAAGUCAUUUAAGCGACAGGCUAAUCUCAAGAGACACAGUCGUAUCCACACGGGAGAGAAACCUUAUAAGUGUUCUAAAUGCUCAAAGUGUUUUGCCAUUGGCUCCAAUCUCCAGGUUCAUAUCCGUCGAUGGCACUCAGAUGUACGACCCUACCAGUGCUCUCACUGCUCGAAGUCGUUUACAGAAAAAUCUCAUCUCAAGAUACACAUCCGUAAACACACUGGGGAGCGACCGUACAAGUGUUCACACUGCUCCAAGUCCUUUACUCGAAACGGACCUCUCAAGAUUCACAUCCUUACGCACACGGAAGGAUUGCCCUACAAAUGCACCGACUGCUCGAAGUCAUUUCAACUAAAAUCCCAACUCCAAAAACACACCUUUACGCACACAGGUGAACGACCGUUCAAAUGCUCCGACUGCUCAAAGUCAUUUCUACAAAAAUUCAAACUUAUUGCACACAUCCGCUCUCACACACGACCUUACAAAUGCUCCCACUGCUCGAAAGGCUUUAUAGACAAAUCCAAUCUUAAAAGACAUACCCUUACGCACACGGAUGAAAGACCCUACAAGUGCUCCCACUGCUCGAAAUCAUUUCAAGAAAAAUCGAAUCUCAGGGUACACAUCCGUUCUCACACAGGGGAGCGUCCUUUCAAGUGUGCCCACUGCUCAAAGACAUUUCGAUACAAAAACAAUAGCUACAAAAGACACAUGCGCACUCACAAAAACACUAAAAAGAGUGCCACUCCGGCAGUCUUUGAGAUCACAUCCGCAAGAUCGCUGAGAAAGGAUGAUUCGAUUGCGCUAACUGCAGAACGCGAUUUUUAAGCUCUUUACAUAUGUACAUAAUCUUUGCAUGUUUAAUUAUUUUCGCUAACCUCUUUACUGUGUAAAUUCUUAAUUGAAAUGAGUAAGAAAAUAAUUUAAAACGAUGUAUGAAGGUAUGGAAAAAUUGUUGGUAGAGGAUGACUCCAAUAAGCCAGACGAUUAUUUGGUCGAAAUAAUUAACAAAAUGACCAAUGGCCAAUA